AAGCGCUACUUCCCAACGACAUUUUCCUUGAGCUUUUCCAGUACCGCGCUUUGAAAUUUUGUAAAAGCUCUAUCUUGCAAUUUCUACCUUUAAAUUUGGCUUGGAAGCGUGAUCUAGAGUGACUGAGUGGGGAAUUUUUACUCUGCUCCAUCAAAUAUUGAUCCAAGGUACCUUGGAUCUUCGUUAACCGCUUAACCGCGUCAGUCAAGACCUGAAUUGGAGUGGAAUUCGCUGUGAGUCCGUUCCGGGUUUUUUUCUCUGUUUACCUCCGUCUGCUGUUCUGAUUGCAUUAGGUCAUUAUCGCUUGCCGUUUUGCUUGUACAUAGCCGUUUAUAGUACCUCGUGUGUUGACUGUGUUUACUGUAUUCACUCUAAUCACCAUCGGAUCAACGUCCCGAUGCCAACAAUUGCACGUAACAGUACAUGCUACGUUUGUCACUCCGAGUCGCCACCACAUGUUUGCUGUCUUUGUUGCAAGCGACAGUACCACGGGCGCUGUGCUAAACUCACACAGCCGGAGGUGGACUUCUACACUUCACAUACCAAAGCUAAGUGGGUUUGCAAUGACUGCGCAGAGUUACUUCACAGAGGCUUCAAAAACAGCCCUAUUGGCUCUCUAGAUGUGGCAGCCUUUAGAAACUUUCGCAGGGAUUUGCAAGUCUCGACGAAGUCCACAUCUAAAGGCGUCGACACUUGUGACUUGCCUUCUGGCGUUUUAGUAGCAAACGUAGGCGUUGAUACUCGUGACUUGGCAUCAGUCGACAUCUCAGUUACAUCUUCACCACAACCUCAAGGCUUCGACUGUGUUUGCCCAAGCAACCCUCUGCCUGCAGGAGCAGUCUCCGGUGAACAGGAGCUGGACGACACCAUACCUAUGAUCCUUGGCUCAUCUCCUCCACGCGACCCGCAUCCGUUUCUGAUUACAGAUGGGAGCAACACCCGAGAACUAACGAAUGACUCUCCAGCAAGUGAGCAGACCACAGGAACCAGUGGCGAAAUCCCACUGUGCAAAUGUUGCAACCCCCCCCCAAACAAUCGAGGGACAAACACCGUGCUAAAAACUGCGCCAAGCACACUAAGUGCGCCACGCAAUCGCAGGAGAACCCAGGUCCCCAGUUCACACAUGUUACACAGCCGAGGCCCUCACAAUGCAGCCAAGGCACCAAUACGCCUCGGAGCAGUGGCUUGCCAGAAUUCAACCGCAAAACUUUGAUACUGUUUAAUGUGGACGAGAGCGACCACCCGUCACUAUCCCACAGAGCCAGUGCCGAUCUAUCCCAAUGGCAAUCCUUGCGGCAACUCCUUGGACUGCCGCCUACCUCCUCGCCCCCUCUCUGCCGUCUACGCGCACCCCGCUCACCAGGUGACAAACGCCCAAGGCCGUUACGCUUCACUCUGGAAAGUGCUGAUGACGUCGAGGACACGCUCUUGGCAUCGGCUUGCUUGAAUAAACUGAACACAAAGAUCCGCGCCCAGCCAGACUUUCCCUGGGUUGUGAGGGAGGCAAGAAGAGAGGUGCGUAUCAACAGCACGUGCGCCAACCACGAUAGAGCUUGCAGUAUAAUUAUACACGGAGUCCCAGAACUCCACACUGCCGACCCGGUUGAAUCAUCCCGCCACGAUGUUCAGCAGUGGUGCUAUAUUCGGUCGCAGCUUAACCUAUCAGUGGACAACUGUGGGGCGUGGUCUGUUCACCGGCUGCCGAGGCCAGCUCACCUCUCGCAGAUACAGGCGCCUAAACUGCUCAUGGUCAUUCUUUUCACUCCUGAGAUGCGCCAGACUGUACUACAACGGUGGUACGAGCUACGUGGAAACUUCCCGUACGAAGUCAGGAUGCAUCCAGACAAACCGCGGGAGGAGCGCAGGCAAAUUCAGGGACGUAAUUCCAAGCCAUUCAGCCGAGCCACGCCAUCACUACCUAUUACGCGACUUGUGGAUAUACCAAAAAACGAGUAGGCGCCGGCCCCUGUGGGGUCGGCGUAAACCACACUGGAACUACCCUACCAUCUAUGCCUUCAAGCCACUGCCCGCCAGCAGUUCAUGUUAGCACGUGGAACUGCUUGCACACCAACGCUUUAUCGCUACGGAACAAGGUGUCCGAAAUCUCUUCCCUUGCGCUGGACACGCAAGCUAAAGUUAUAUGUAUAACCGAAACCUGGUUCUGCCCAGACGUUGUGGACGCCGAGGUAGCUAUCCCGGGAUACGUGCUCUUUCGAAACGAUCGUGAAAGCGGCAAAGGCGGAGGCGUAGCUGUGUAUGUAUCAGACCGCCUCACAUGCGUCCCUCUCAAAUCUCCGGAACUACUAUCUCUUCCCGAAUCCCUCUGGAUGCGCGUCCGCGGCUCUGGUUCCACCAGUCUCACCCUUGGAGUGGUUUAACGCCCUCCCUCAGCUGCGCCAGAAUGGCUGCAGCGCUGGAACGCCGCCCUCCGAGCAGCUGCUUCAGAUUUGGCUGCCCCCCUACUCGUCGCAGGUGACUUUAAUUUCCCGGAGAUAGACUUUACCUCUGGCCAAGCUCGCAGUCAGCACAGCCUUGAGUUUCUUGCCAGUGUUUUAGAACAUGGCCUAACCGAACACGUACAGCAGUACACUCGGUGGCGAGACGGUCAAAACCCGUCGAAACUCGACUUGCUGCUCACCAACGAGCCACAUCUAAUUGACAACGUUAAUUUGAGCGCCCCAGUUGGUGCAAGUGAUCAUGCAGUUAUCAGUUUUCGUAUGGUGGAGAACGUCACGCUCAACGCUAAAGCACUGCCCAUCAGGCUUAACUUUCGUCGAGCGGACUAUGACGCGAUCAAAGAUUUCCUCUCACGAGUCGACUGGUCCCUGGCAGCACAAACCCCCACAGUCGAGGACCAUUGGAACUACAUCGCCGCCCACAUCCACGACGCAAUUAGUGCACACGUCCCCACAGUGCGCGCUUAUGCGCCGAAACGCCACAGGCAACUUCAGCCUGCUACGCUUAGGCUGAUCAGGGAGAAGAAGGCCUUCUGGGACAGAUUCUUACUUUUUGGCGACUCUGAUUCGCAAGCACAAUACUGUAGAGUGCGAAAUUCCUGUAUAGCAGCUGUUCGCCAGGACAGAAAAGCGUACAAGCUCUCUCUCGCUAAAAGCUUCGCCGAUAACCCCAAGGUCUUCUUUAAGCAUAUAGCGUCUCUCACUAAAUCGCGCGCUGCCGUUGGCAGCUUGCUCAGACCCGUAGGCAAUACCACAACGUCGGACAAAGAAGCUGCGGAAUUGCUGAAGACUCAGUAUGAGUCCGUUUUCGGCACCUUCGCACGCAGUACAAUGGAAGGCGCUAAUUUUACCCCCAUCGCUGCCAGACAUCCCGUGCAGUUUACAUCAGAGAAAGUCCUGGAGAAAUUAAAAAAAUUAAGGACAGACAAAUCGCCGGGUUUGGAUGGGAUCCCUCUCAUAUUUCUACGUGAGUGCGCUACGGUACUGGCCGAGCCACUUGCAUCACUGUACAGCCGCUCCUACACCAGUGCCGAAUACCUGAAUGCUUGGAAGCAAGGGGUCAUAACGCCGAUAGACAAGGGUGGUGACAGGACAAACCCCUCUAAUUAUCGCCCGAUAGCACUGCUUCCCACUGCCUCCAAAGUAAUGGAGAGUAUCAUAGACGAUUUCUUGCGCUGCCAUUCAGAAAGUCUGUCCUUAAUAGCCCCGGAACAGCACGGGUUCCGCAGGGCUCACUCGUGCACCACGAAUCUUCUCGCAGCCCUUGAUUCCUGGACUGCAGAGGCAGACAAUCAUACUCCAACUGACGUGGUUUACGUGGAUUUCUCAAAAGCAUUCGACCGGGUCAAUCACGCACUGCUGUUGAGUAAACUGCCGAGUUUGGGGAUCGACCAGCAAACAAUCUGCUGGCUAAGUACCUACCUGUCUGGCCGCACCUACCGAGUUCGUGUAAACGGCGCACUAUCCAGCGCUCUGGCUGCAACGACCGGGGUGCCCCAGGGAUCCAUCCUCGGGCCCCUGCUGUUCAAUUUGUUCAUCAACGACCUCCCAUCCUGUAUCAGCAGCCACAUACUGCUUUAUGCGGACGACGCUAAGAUAUGGCGACCUAUCCGCAGGCCAAGUGAUCAGGCACUUCUCCAGACAGAUAUCGAUGCUGCUUAUUCUUGGGCCUCGAAAAACUCGCUCCCGUUUAACAUCGACAAGUGCAAAGUCAUGCACAUUGGGCAAGGUGUGGCUAAUCCGUACAAUAUCGGCGGUGUGCAUCUUAAAGCCACGUCCCAGGAACGCGACCUGGGGACCAUAAUAUCCGCCGACCUGAGCCCGAGCGCCAAUGUAGCUACACUGGCGCGAAAGGCUAGCGUUCGCCUGGCCCUCCUUGGACGUGCACUAGGGUCUUUCCCUAGAGAGACAUUUGUCCGUCUCUAUAGCACUUUAGUACGUCCGCUACUGGAGUACAACAUACUUGUCCAGCCGCCGUACCUGAAGAAGGACGAGGCCAUGCUGGAAACUGUACAGCGCAGAGCCACUAAGAGAGUGGACGGACUAUCCCACUUCUUGUAUGAGGAGCAUCUGGCGGCCCUUAACCUCUUCCCGUUGAAAUAUCGCAGGCUUCGUGGCGACCUUAUCUUAGCUCAUUCCGUCCUGACUAAUAACAGGCACCCAAACGCAGGAUUGCUGGUCCGCGCCCGUACAGAUCAUCUUCGAGGGCACUCACUCAAACUGAUGACUCGUAGCAGUCGCCUUCUGUGCCGAAGAAACAGUUUCAGUGUGCGUAUUGCCUUCGCUUGGAACGCCCUCCCUGAAGUUGUUGUCUCAGCGCCCAAUACGGAGGCUUACCAACAGCGCCUAGACGCUUGGCUCUUACCUAGCUGGUCUUCCACGUUGCUAAGAUCUGGCCAUUUGCCAAGCGAACACGCGGCGCUCCUAUCAUUUUGCUUCUAUCCAACUUUGCCGAAUUUACCUACACCACUCUCUUGUUCCAGGUAUCCACGUUCCCACAGUCAACUCGCUGAAUACUUGUGCUGAACACAACUACUGCGUCGAGACCCACAACAUCUGGUACCUACCGACGAGAUCAGGACCUUGCCGUAAGAUCCCGAGGCAGAACCACCGAAAAGCUACGCUUACUCGUUCUGCGGAAACCCGUGAAACCCGUGAAACCCAUGGAGCUGUACACUGAAGAUGCCACUGAGGGAAGUGGUGAAACGUUUGACAUUAAAUUACUCAGCUCGGAGAACGAAUCAAAACAUUUUCUCUGUGUUUUCUGAGGAAUACUCUGAAUAACAGAUGUACUUAAACAUGAGGUUGCAUGGUCGCUACGGCCUAAAAUACUCUAUCGAUGCCGUUUC